UUUUAUUGCGCAGGCUUCCAUCACUUUCUAUUUCUACGAAUUGUGUGCCUAAUUUUCAAGAACAACAUUAUUACGUUCCAGACAAAAAAAUACUUUACAUGAAAUUGUCAUAAGAUAUUGUAAAUUAAAAUUAAAUUGAGUGAUUGAUUGGAAAAAAUAUUUUAAAAAAUGUCAGAUAUCGAUAAAAGUUUUACUGAUCUUCAAAAUGUCAUUCUUAAUUUUGAUGACGAUAACAAGAAAAAUCAAAAUGAUGGAAGAAAAAUAAAAAGCAUACGUCAUUUUUCUGAUGGGGAACUUGUGGAGUAUGAGGAUGAUGAAGUUGACAUUGAUACACAUAAAGAUCAAUUGAAUGUCGUACAGGUUGACCCAAAAUCACUAACUUGGGUACCUUGGACAUGGCAUCAAACAUCUUGGCUAUGUUCAAAAGUUAUUCAUGGCUGCGAUUAUGCUGGAGAAACACUUGCUAAUUUUCUUGGUAUAACAUCACCAAAAUAUCAAUUUGAAAUAAAUGAAUAUAAUCGUAUUAAAAAAGCUGAAGAUGCAGAAAAACAACAAGAACAAGUUGAAAUGGCUGGUUGGAAAGAACAACACAAAUACAAUGAUCUAAUUGAAACAUCAAAUGGAACAAAUUUAAACAAUCAACAAUGUGUACAAUCACAAUAAAAAAAUAAAAAAUAAAAAAUCCAAGAACUGAUGGCAAUCUACGCUUAA